AUGGGCGAUGCCGGCCAAAUCCCACCCAACCGCGCGGUCAUCCGCAGCAUAAACCCCAACUACAUCGGCUUCGACUACAUCGGGUGGUACGUCGGCAACGCGCGCCAAAGCGUCUCAUACUUCGUGAACCACUUCGGCUUCGAAGUCCUCGCGUACAGCGGUCCAGAGACAGGCUCGUACCUGACCACCUCGUACGUGAUAGGCAACGGAGCCGCACGGUUCAUGUUCACGGCGCCGCUCAACUCCCCCGGUAGUACAUGGGACACGCGCGCGACAGCCGAGGACCGCACACUCUGCGCGGAGGUUCACGCGCACCUCACCAAGCACGGGGACGGUGUCAAGGACAUUGCGUUCCAGGUGGAUGAUGUUUGGGGCGUGUGGGAGCAUGCGGUUCAGAACGGAGCUGAGUCGGUGCAGGCUCCGCAUGUUCUGCGGAGUGGUGAUGAUGAGAAGGAUGGGGAUGUUUUGUGCGCGGCGAUUCGGACCUUUGGGGAUACGAUCCAUACACUGAUCAACCGCUCUGAGUAUACGGGGGCUUUUCUGCCUGGGUUCAAGACUGUGCCUGCUGGUGCCAAUGGCUUGCAGGAACGCUUUCCAAGCGUUGAUGUCGUUGAGAUUGACCAUUGUGUUGGGAAUCAGCCAUGGGAUGGGCUCGAUGGUGCUGUCGAGUACUAUGAGAAAGCGCUGAACUUCCACCGCUAUUGGAGUGUGGAUGACAAGGAUAUGUGCUCCGAUUACUCGGCCAUGCGGUCUGUGGUAAUUGCCUCACCAAACGAGGUGAUUAAGAUUCCCAUGAACGAGCCCGCGGUGGGGAAGAAAAAGUCCCAGAUUGAAGAAUUCGUCGACUACUACAACGGCGCCGGAUGCCAACACAUCGCCUUCCGGACUAACAACAUCAUCGAAGCGGUUGACAGCCUGUCAAAGAGGGGUGUAAGCUUCCUCUCGGUGCCGGACAGCUAUUAUGUCGAUGUACGGAAGAGGCUGGCACAACUGGGCGUCAAGGUGGCCGAGGAUAUCGACACACUGCAAAAAUACAACAUCCUUAUCGAUUUCGACGAAGGCGGUUACUUGCUACAAAUAUUCACAAAGCAUGUUGUGGACCGGCCGACUGUAUUCCUUGAGAUCAUCCAGCGCGAGAACUUUGAUGGUUUUGGAGCGGGCAACUUCAAGAGUUUGUUCGAGGCAUUUGAGCGCGAGCAGGCUCUUCGAGGCAACUUGUAA